AUGUGGGAACCUACGAAGUCUUGUCCCCCGGGUUGGGUUGGGCCUGACUGCCCUUUCGCAAGUCAUGUGCCAAGCACCCCGACGGUUACGGCUACAAACGAUAUCUACGCUCAUCAAGAGGCUGAAGCCAGUGGUAAACCAGUCUACGUGGUCACGGUCACCCAUGUCAAGCGUGUUACCGCCCGUCAAGAAGUUGGACCGACUGAUUUAGUUGAGGUCAUCACGGUUACCAACACUAACACUAAAGAAGCUGGACCAAUUGACCCGACCAACACAAACACCAAAGAAGCCGGACCCAUUGACCCGAUCGUAGUCAUCACUGCCACCAAAACCCACGAUGUCAAUGAACAACAAGAGGCUGAACCGACUGACCCAGUCUACGUCGUCACGGCCACCGAUGAUAUCGCUACCACCGCCCAUCAAGAAGCUGAACCGACAGACCCAGUCUACGUCAUCACGGCCACCGAUACUAUCGCUCAAGAAGCUGAACCGACUGACCCAGUCUACGUCAUCACAGUCACCGACACCAUCGCUACCUCUGCUCGUCAAGAAGCUGAACCCACUGACCCAGUCUACGUCAUCACGAUCACCGAUACCAUCGCUACUACCGCCCGUGAAGAAGCUGAACCAACAAACCCAGUCUACGUUAUCACGGCCCUCAACCCAAAUGUCAACAACGCACGUCAAGCGCCUGUUUCCAAGGAACCGCCGGCUUCGGAGGAACCCAAGCCUACGAAGGGGGGUUAG